AUGGCAGAAACCACACAAGCCGCCUCCGAGGCGCCUCCAGCCCAGUCGCUGGAGGACCAGACCCUUGUCGUAUUUGCGCGCCUCAUGGAAGGUGGGCAGGAAGAUAACGAGACAUGUCGCGAUCUUGACGAACUGACCAAGCUUCUAAAUGACGACUUUGAAGCUCGUCAGAAAGACACGUCUCGUGAAACCAUUUGCAAGGUUAUCGACGGUGAUUGUGUCGACACUGUUUUGUGCUAUCUUGAUAUGAGACAGCCUGAGAUAGUCCGCGGCCACGCCACUCUAUCAACAUCCGCCUAUCUCAAAGCUGCUGGAGACGACGGCUCCAAGAAAUUGUCGACAUUUUUCUUCGACCGUGUCCGCAGGGGAACAUAUGAUGAUUAUAUCGUUGCCUUUUGUGUCGCUGCCGCAACUUUUCCUAUCGUCCCGGAACUUACGGCGCAACUGUUUCUUAAUGAGGAUUUCCUACCCAGCCUCGGCACUCUCAUGCGACGGAAGUGGAAGAGUCGCAAGGUUGAAACGGCAUGUUUGGAAAUGCUUAACGCUGCUUGCAUGAACUCCAUGUGCCGCGAGGCCAUCAACAAGUACUGCAUCGAGUGGUUGGAGGAGAUUGUCGACCAAGAUCUUAGUGAGAUUGUUAGAAGCACCAAUGCGGACCCCAACCUUCAAAGCGAUGGAGGCUCGAUCUCUAUGCGCCGUCACUCAGAGCAAGUCCAAUAUCUUGCUGCCGUUAUCUUGGCUAAGUUAAGAGCAGUUCCCUCAAAGCCGGCGCCCGGUGAGAGCAAAUCUAGAGUCGAGCCCGCAGUUACCAGCAUCGAGGAACUCUCUGGCAUGUUCACUAAGAUGAUCUUGCGAGAUGAAGAUCACGGUCGGAAGCACUCUAUUGAAGGUCUCGCCUACGCCUCUCUCCAGCCCAAGGUCAAAGAAUCGAUCGUCGAUAAUCCUGAACUACUGCAGAAGUUGGUCAAGACUCUUAGCGACGCACAGCCUAGAUCUCCCACGACCUACGGAGCACUAAGCAUCUUUGUUAACCUCACAAAGUAUCUACCUAACCUGACUGAAGAGGAGAAGAAAAUGAACCAGCUCAAGGCGUACGCCAAUGCAGCUGGAAAGCUUGGCGGACCCGACCCCUUAAAUGACGAUGAACAUGUGGCAAGGCGAUGCAAGUUGGUGUUUGAAGCUGGCAUUGUCCCGGUUCUUGUCACCCACAGUAAGAAUGGCUCGCCUGCCUCUUUGGCGUUGAUAAUUUCCGUCAUCUUCGCCUUAUCUGUCACAAAAUCCCUUCGAGGCCAACUUGCACAGCAAGGGGCGGUGAAGCUUCUUCUGGUAUCGUGGAUGUCACUGCCUCAAACUGAAGCUCCUGCGCGCCGUCUUGCUGCACAGGCACUUGCACGUAUCCUCAUCAGCACAAAUCCAGCCCUUGUCUUUGGUGGAAACCGAUCCACUCCUGUUGCUGCUGCUGUGAGACCGCUUGUGUCUAUUAUUCCACCCGACCCGGCUGCCCAAACUCGCGACCUCCUGCCCUCCUUCGAGGCAUUGAUGGCGCUGACCAACCUCGCAUCCAUGGACGACGAGGAGUUGAGGCGCAAUAUCAUUUCUACCGCGUGGUCACACAUCGAGGAACAGAUGCUAGCCUCUAACAAUCUUGUGUCCAAGGCUGCCGUUGAACUCGUCUGUAACCUUGUGCAGACCCCUGAAGCCAUCGCUCUCUAUGCUGAAGAGACCGCGAAGGCUCGCAAUCGCCUCAACGUUCUUCUCGCUCUUGCUGAUGCUCCUGAUGCUGGUACACGUAGUGCAGCUGGCGGUGCUUUAGCUUCACUGACCAAUUUCGAGGGGGUCAUCCGAGGCAUCAUCAAUCGAGACCGCGGUAUCAAAGUUAUCCUUGGAAUGUGUGUCGACGAUGAUGAGGAUAUCCGACACCGAGGAGUGUUUGUGGUACUGAACUUGGUUACUGCUGAAGGCGAGGUCGGUGAAUUGUCACGGGAGAAGGUCAGGAGUGAGGAUGGCAUUGAAAUUCUCAAAGAGUGUGGCAAGAAGAGCCGACGACCUGAGGUUCUUGAGGUCACAGUUCAGGCCCUCAAAGCCUUGCUAGGAGAGCAAUCAUGA